AUGGGGAAAUGCAUUUGGGCCUAUCUGCCGUGCCAGGGCAGAUUAUGUGGGACUCCGUGGUGGAGAAACCCGCCCAUACCCACUAAAACCCAUGAGCAUGGAGAUCUUUCAACCCACGGGCGUGAGCGACACCAGCGGCACGGUGUCCCAAGGAGCGGUCUCCGGUUAGGCCUUUCGCUUGGCCCCUGGAAGGCCAUGUCGCGUUUCAUCCGGAACAUGGCGAAGUUCCCGGGAGAGCUAUGGCGUAUAGCAUUGGAUUCCCCAGUCUGGGAAACCGGGUGCCCGACCGUGAAACUUAUUGAUCGAUAG